CGUGUGUGCAGUGCGUGCUGUCUUUGCGUGCCAAAAUAAAGCAACGGAUUACUACGAGAUUCUAAUGAGUAUGACAUCACGCUUGCUGAUAUAUAAAAUCCUGCAGGAAAAUGUCCGACAAGUAUCUUACCCGGAUGUCGAUGUAAAGACUAGUUCAAUCAGAAUGACGUCAACGUCAGUGCGUAUUACGGAGAUGAUUGUGGAGAUGAUCAACCCGACAACACUGAACAUUGAUUGGUGUCCCGUGCUAAAAGGCGACAGUCUACGAGGUUACAAAAUCCGUUAUGCAAUGAAGGACAUAUCGUCUUAUAAUGAAAUAUUUGUAACGCCGGGCAUAUCUAACUAUACACUAAGUGGCCUAAGACCAAAUACAGAAUACGUUAUUAGUGUAAAUGCUGUAGACGAAAACGAGGUCAUCAUUCGAAACUGCGGCUUCGGUAUACAUAAAACGGAUGUACUAGAAGACGAGAGCCGGCGACGUCACGAGUCCCCAUAUGUCACCGCUAUAGCGGCCGUUCUUUUGCUGUUGCUAGCUUUGGUGGUUCCAAUAACAUUUCUUUUAGUGCGCAAAUGUGAACCUUGUAUCAACACACUGCGAAAUACAUUGUCGAGGGAAAAGAAUCAUGUUGGUAUAUCAAAUAACAGUGAUCCAUCUAAUUAUGUAAGUGACAAACCAACGUCCAGUUUUCAUGUUCAUAUACAACAGAGACUUGACACCAUGCGGUCAACCAGUGUGCCCAACAGACGGACACAUGAAAUCGCGAUGAUGGAUAAGCCAUGAGAGUAAACCCCUUAUUCGUGAUGAUAAUUAUCAUUUACUCUUCCUAUACUGUGUUUGUGUGUGUUUGAGUGUUCCUUUUGCGUUUGCAAUUAUGUUAUGUAUACUAUAUUGUUGUUUUUCAUAUUAACUAGAUAUCAUUUUGAGUCAUUAAAUAUGUGAUAAUUAA